AUGAGACAAAAUCCCAGUCGACAGUUAAAUCCACAGACAACAGCAGUUCAGUUCGACUCCACUCAGUUAAAUCAGGCUAUUCAGUCUACUCAAUUUAUUCAGUCUGAUCAGCUUAUUCAGCCUAACCAGCAACAGACAAUAACGAUGAUUGCUUCAACAUUUAGCAACGAUCAAUUAACUGAAGAAGCUGAAAGGUUUGCAGGAACACGUUAUCCAUUUCCACCGUUUAUUGUUCGUUUUCCAUAA